GUCGUCAUGUGGCGUUCAGAGUCUGCUGGGAUCCCACGGAGAUUUUGAGACUACUCGGUGGUCUCUCUUGUCCCUGCUUCAUUUGUCCCGUUCACACUCCCCGGGAUGGCGUGGACCAAAUACCAACUGUUCCUCGCGGGACUUAUGCUGAUAACCGGCUCUAUAAACACGUUGUCGGCGAAAUGGGCAGACAUGUUCAGCGCCCAGGGUUGCCAUGGUGACCCCGAACAUGCAUUCUCUCACCCGUUUGUCCAGGCAGUGGGGAUGUUUCUGGGAGAGUUCAGCUGUCUGGGCGUCUUCUACAUCCUACUUUGCCAUGACCGACGCAGGCCUGUGCCCAACAUGAACCCGGGCCAGAGUUUCAACCCUCUUCUCUUCUUCCCCCCCGCCAUGUGUGACAUGUUGGCCACCUCAACCAUGUAUGUUGCUCUCAACAUGACCAGCGCCUCCAGUUUCCAGAUGCUGCGGGGAGCCGUCAUCAUCUUCACGGGUCUACUUUCUGUGGCGUUUCUCGGGCGCCGGCUGUUGACCAGCCAGUGGAUCGGAAUCCUCAUCACCAUCCUGGGCCUGGUGAUAGUGGGCCUCGCAGACUUUGUCAGCGGACACCAUGAUGAUUCCCACAAACUCAGUGACGUCAUCACCGGUGACCUUCUGAUCAUCAUGGCUCAGGUCAUCGUCGCGGUGCAGAUGGUCCUAGAAGAAAAGUUUGUCUACAAACAUGACGUCCAUCCUCUGCGGGCCGUUGGAACUGAAGGUUUCUUUGGCUUCUUCGUUCUGUCACUGCUGCUCAUCCCCAUGUAUUUCAUCCACGUGGGCGAAUUCAGCGACAACCCUCGUCAGGUUCUGGAAGACGCACUGGACGCCUUCUGUCAAAUCGGAUUUCGCCCUCUCAUCGUGUUGGCCCUGCUGGGCAACACGGUCAGCAUCGCCUUCUUCAACUUCGCCGGCAUCAGCGUCACUAAGGAGAUCAGCGCGACGACCCGCAUGGUGCUGGACAGCCUGCGUACGCUGGUCAUCUGGGCGGUGAGCCUGGCGCUGGGUUGGGAGCAGUUCCACGGUCUGCAGGUGCUGGGCUUUUUGGUUCUCCUGGUGGGAACAGCACUCUACAAUGGACUGCACCGCCCUGUGCUGGCCAGAAUACCGUGCUGCGCCGGACUGGCGGCCGCGGAGGAGGAGAGCAGUCCAGUAGAAAGGGAGAGACUCCUGGGAGAUGGCAGGGUGCAAACGCCUGACGAAAGCUAAAUAAAUCAACAGUACACUUUGCACAAACGCAACAUCCUCAACUCAAAACACUGUACCUUUUUAUACAUUUUUUAUCAAGAGGUGGACUUUUAGCAUAGUAGUCUGUCUUAUUUUCUUGUAUGUCUUAUAAAGAACAUGGAAACCAUUUCAUAGAUCAUUAGGAUGUUUUAUGGAUUAUACUUUUGAGUCACUGCCUGGCUGUUUCCUAAUCUUUUUAUAUGGUUUUUAUAGUAAUUAUAUUUUUAAGUAAAUGUUAUUUUCUAGAAUAUUUUUUAGGAAUCUGACUGGGCAGGGAGACGGUGCCAAAGUGUUGCCAGCCCCUUCCCCACAAAAAAAGAGAGAUUACCACCUUAAGGCACUACAGCAUGUUGUAUUUCAUCACCACGGCGUCAGUUGUGCUAAAUAUUGAAUUGUUAUUAUUGAAACACGCAUCUGAGCCUGGUGACCGCUUAAUGUGUGUUUUUUCAAGUUAACUUGUGUCACCUGAUGACUGACCUCCUACAUCAAGUUGUAUAAAUCCUGCAUCCACUUCACUUCAAUUUGCUGUAAAUUUAAAAAAAAAAAAAAAAAAAAAAGGGAUUGAAAUUCAAAGGGAACUGCCAUUAAAUCACACUAUUUGAAUCAUACCCUGGUGAAGAAUUUGAUGUACUUCAAAAUCAUAACGGACUUCACAAGGAAAAAUAAGUGGCCAAUUACUGCACUCCUGACAGCAGCAGCUGACACCUGCCUGGCCUGAGUCCGCACAACAUCCUCCCCAGGGACCCUUGUAAUGCUUUAACGGUGGCCAAAGGUUAAACCAAAGAAUCCCUCGGGAUUUGUACACAUGACCCUGAACAGGAUGAAGGAAAAUGUGUUAAUUGGCCGCAUGGACACAAUGAUUUAUGUGCAAUAUAUGAUAUACAAACUAUAUAUACCGCAGACAAAUUUCUUGCGGUUUAUUUGGGAUAUACUUGGCAAAAUAAAGAUGAUUCUGAUUCUA